AUGGCCGCAGACAGAGCGCCAAUCAUCUGCGGAGUAAUCCGCCCUAGCAACAGCCGAGCUCCAAGCAGGUGUCAGGACUCGGCAACUGUUGUCACGGUUACAGAGCUGGCAGAUAUAGAAGAGAAUGUGUGGUCACCGAGAUUUGGCCUGAAAGGGAAAAUUGAUGUGACGGCACGUGUUCGAAUCCAAAGACGAAGUCACAGAACCCUGGAGGAGAAAACUGUCCCCCUAGAGCUGAAAACUGGAAAGGAGUCAAACUCAAUAGAGCAUCGCAGUCAGGUCAUUCUUUACACUCUGAUGAGCUUGGAGAGAUACAACCCUGAAGCUGGCUUCUUGCUUUACCUCAAGACUGGCAACCUGCACCCUGUAGUGCCCACCCACAUGGACCGCAGAGAACUGCUGAAGCUGAGGAACACCUUGGUUCAUUACAUUCACAACUGUGUGGAGAAAGAGGAGAAGCAGAGCCGUUUGUCCAGACUUCCUGACAUCCUGACAAACAGACAAACCUGCCAGUAUUGUCCUCAGAAAAGAAACUGUGCUUUAUAUGAGAGGGCGGUGGAUGGAAACUCUGCAGAUGUCUCCGAGGACGUUGUGCGUGACUUCCUGCAGCAGGAGACGGGUCACCUGACACCACCACAUCUGAGCUAUUUUUCCCAUUGGCUGCUGCUCUGCUGCCUUGAGGCUGCCACCAUGGAGGCCAAGAAUGGCCGAAAGCGUGUGUGGCUUCGGACGCCAGAGGAGAGCCCCGGGACGCCAGGAGCCAAACCCGGCAAGAAAACCACCUCGUACCGGAUUCGCUGUCAGUCUCGGAGAUUGUGUUUGGUACCGGGUCUGGCUGUGUUCACUGGAAGCUCCUCGCUGCCUCUGCAGGGGGCGCUGUGGCUCCAGGCAGCGGGCUGCUGUCCCAGCAUCCUCUCUGUCUCUUCCUCUGUUUCCUCUUCCUCUUCCCUGCAGAGGAUUACCUCAGAGGAAGGGACGCCGUCGGGUUCAGCUGACGACUCGCAGUCCGGCUGCAGCAGAACAAAUGGAUUUACAGCCGAGACUGACCCACCGACCGCCGGCUCCUUCACGCUCGCCUCGGCUCAACGGGAAGGAAAAUUAAAAACCAAGCGGCGCUGUGGAUAUGGCUCCUAUCGGGCUCUCUACCUCUCCUCUUGGGGCGACCACAGCACCCACUGGGUGUGGAUCAUCUCAAGCUUCCAGCUGACACAACAAACGGCGACUCAUCUGAUUUCUACAAAGACGCCUGCGGGCCAUCUGACAGGCGCCGCCCAUGAUGAUCUCACACUCUACGAACUGGAGCUGUCAGCGUGUGACAGACAGUUUGUGUCUUUGUGUCAGAGGGAGUCGCCGUGCUGA